GGCUCGGGAAGGUGACGUUAGAAAAACUCCCCUGGGAAGAACCAGAUCGAACGUACCACCACCGAAAGAACCUCAGCACGCCAUAGUCUCCAAGAGUCGCAGCGUCGAUAAUGUCGGCAGUUCCUAUCAGCCCGUGCAGCCGCAAGAGAACCUCCACAGGAAAUUGCAAAGGCAGCUCACGUUGAAUCCGGGCGCGGAUCCUAGAUUAUCGAUGCGGUACGGCGCCCCUCAGAUCUCCAGCAAUCAAGGUAGUCAGAUGGCAUUGGCUUCUCCCACUCCUUAUAUGGGGCAUCCGGGUUGGGAUAUGCACCAGCACGUAACGAGGAUCGCUUCCGCUCCGGAUUCUUACAGUUACAGGCCCUGGCCUCCUCACCAGCAUCCUCAGCACAGACACAUGCAGAGAAUAUCGAGUUGUUCCGACACUCAGCUGAACGUAUGGCCUCCAGCUUGGUCUCAAGGCGGUUCCCACCAUCUGGCCAGCUCGCCCGUCCAAGAAGACGCCCGCAGGAAACUUCACUACCACUUGGCAGCUAUCUUCCCCGAGGAGCAAGUAACCCAGGCCAUGCAGAUGUAUCCCGACGAGACGAAUCCUCAGAAAAUCUGCGCAGCAAUCUUGUCGAUGUUUCCCAAAUCGUAAGAAACAUCAGGCGUAUUUAUUGUCGGUAGCAAAUUUGUUUCGGUACGAUUGGAAGCAAUGUUUGACUGUCGAUGAGCGAACUACUCGUGUAAGAUGAGAAAAAAUGUGGUAGUUUUCAAUUGUUACUCUCGUUUGAUCAAUUGGCAGCGACAUUUGAUUUCUUGUUGAAGUUUCGUAUGAGAUGUUUGGACGGCAUUUUCUUUUAUCAUGAACUGCAAGAAAAAU